GGCCGGCUGUCUCUGAGUGUGUGUGGGUCAGGUGUAAGGUUUGUGUAAGUGGAGGAACUGAGCUGAGCUCCAGGCUGAGAUUUUACCUCUCCUUCCUCUGGGUUCGUGGGCCGGAAUGUGUGCUGGGUGCUGAGUUGUGGGAGCGGAUCUUCUACAGGCUUCAUCAGACAUGGAGAACGGAGGGUCUAUGAACAUGCUGGACGAUGAGGAGGCCCUGUGGGGGAACGUGGAGAAGAACCGGUACAUUCUGUGCCGAUAUAUAAACCCCAGCAAGCUGACCUCAUAUCUGAGACAGUGCAAGGUUAUCGACGAGCAGGACGAGGAUGAGGUGCUGCACUCCUUACUGCUCGAGACUAAGGCCAGCCGUGCAGGUCGACUGCUGGAUAUCCUUCACACCAAAGGCGAGCGAGGCUAUAUAGUGUUUCUGGAGAGUCUGGAGUUGUACUACCCUGACCUGUAUCAAAUGGUGACGGGGAAGGAGCCCACUCGGAGGUGUUCUUCUAUAGUAGUUGAGGAGGGCCAUGAAGGUCUGACCCAGUUCCUGAUGAAUGAGGUGAUGAAGCUGCAGCAACAAGCCAAAGUCAAAGACGUCCAGCGGGUAGACAUCUUGGCCCAGAACCGAACGCUGGAGGACGAGCAUAAGAAGCUGCGGCUGGCCAACCAGGAGCUGCGCACCUUCCAGGAGCGCUACAACAAGAUGAAGGAGGAACGCAACCACUGCAACGAUGAGCUCAUCAAAGUGAAGGACGACAACUACCAGCUGGCCAUGCGCUACGCCCAGCUCAGCGAGGAGAAGAACAUGGCCGUCAUGAGGAGCCGAGACCUGCAGCUGGAGAUUGACCAGCUGAAGCACAAGCUGAACAAGGUGGAGGAGGAGUGUAAGAUGGAGAGGCGGCAAUCACUGAAGCUGAAGAAUGAUAUCGAGAACCGGCCCCGCAAAGAGCAGAUCUAUGAGCUGGAGAGAGAAAAUGAAGUUCUGAAGAUCAAACUCCAGGAGCUGCAGUCUAUCAUACAGCCUGGACCACUGACAGAAUCAGAUAAAGCCCUGAGGGACAUCCUAGAACAGGACCGUCAGGAGGCUCUGGAAGAUCGACAGGAGUUGGUCAAUAGACUGUAUAACCUGCAUGAGGAAGUCCGUCAGGCUGAGGAGCUCAGAGACAAGUACCUCGAGGAGAAGGAAGACCUUGAGCUGAAGUGCUCCACUCUGGUGAAGGAUUGUGAGAUGUAUAAGAAUCGGAUGAACACCAUCAUUGUGCAGCUGGAGGAGGUGGAGCGCGAGCGGGACCAGGCGUUUAAGUCCAGAGACGAGGCCCAGAAUCAGGUGUCUCAGUGUCUGAUUGAUAAAGAUAAGUACCGUAAGCAGAUCCGCGAGCUGGAGGAGAAGAGUGAUGAGCUGCACAUUGAGAUCAUGCAUAAAGAAGCCAAAAUUCUCACCUUGGAGUCCAAACUACGACGCCUUUCCAAGGAGCAUGGCUUUGAUUUGACCCAGAGUUUGCCUCGAGAUAUUCCUCAGAGGAUCAUAUUUAAUAACUUUGAGCACCAGGACACCAAGACUCCGUCUGAGGACUCCGGGGAGGAGCCUAUAGAAGACAUGUUCCUUCCUGAUGUCUCCCGGUUAAAACGCAGGCCAAACCUUAAAGGGUUCCCAUACCCUCCUCAGAUCAGAGCAAAAUCGCCAAUCUCUCCACCCAAAUCUUUGGAUUUUCAAGCUGCACCACAUACCAACGGAGGCCUGUCAGAUGCUGUAAUCGCAGACACCGCCUCCGUGAUGACAAACUCACCCUUUGGGCCCCGUUACCGGAAUGACAGCAUCAUGUCCACAGCCGCCGAGCCUCCAGAGAAGGCGUCCAUCCUCAGGAGGACUAAAGAAGGAGACCAUGAAUUCGUGCCCAGAUGCCAUGAUUCGCUGGACUCUGAUAGUGGAGACAACAUGGACAUGGAUGACACGGACACAGUGUCUUACGGCCCACCAUCCAUCCACUCCUCCUCGUCCUCCCAUCAGUCGGAGGGCAUCGACUCCUACGACCUGGAGCAAGUCAACAACAUCUUCAGGAAAUUUUCACUGGAGAGGCCGUUUCGUCCCUCUCUUACCUCCUGUACUCGCUCCAGCACUUCACGCCCGGUGCAGGACCUGGUUCUCUCGGGAGACUCUCUGCUGUCAGACAUUACUCUGGUCGGGGGCAAUGACAGCGGCAUAUUUGUGUCCUCAGUCCUCCCUGGCUCCAACGCAGAUAGGGCCGGCCUGAAGGCGGGGCAUCAUCUCUUGAUGCUUAAGGGCUGUAUCCGGGGGGAGCCCCAGAGCGUGCCCCUGGACACGUGCACUCAGGAGGAGGCUCACUGGACGCUGCAGAGAUGCACUGGACCAGUUCAGCUCCAUUACAGAUGUAACUUUGAGGGCUACAGGCGGCUGCAGAAGGACAUGGACGAGGGCCGAGUGGUGUCUGGCGACUCGUUCUACAUCCGCGUCAACCUGAACAUUUCCUGUCAGCUGGACAGCUGCUCUCUGAACGUGCGCUGUGACGAGGUGCUGCAUGUGUUGGACACCAGGCACCAGGGCAGGUGUGAAUGGCUGUGUGCCCGUGUGGACACCUUCAGCGACAAGGACCUGGAAAAGGGCACCAUACCCAGCUACAGCAGGGCCCAGCAGCUCCUCCUGGUGAAGAUCCAGAAGCUGAUGUGUCGCGGAGGCCGGGAGGAGGCGGAGAGUCUGCGGGGACUGCGGACCACUUUGCAGCCUGAGGAGCCCACCCCACCACUGGACCCCAAGUCCAGCCCUCGUCUAUCCAGAGCCAGCAUCUUCAUUUGCCAAAUCCUCCAGUUUGUCAGCAGGGCUGACAACAAGUACAAAAGGAUGGACAGCAAUGACCGUGUCCGCAUCGUCAAUGGAGGACAUCUGGCAACUCUUCCCAGAGCAAGCUUUGAAAGCAUGAAGCCUGACGACUGCUCAGACUCUGAGAAUGACCUGAACAAGAGUGAUCUGAACCUGAUACCAUACAGUCCAGUAACCCCACACCACUGCCCACGCAAACGCCCUGUGCUGUUCUCCCCCAACAUCCUGGCCAAGACCAUCGUUCAGAAAUUCCUCAACUCCGGAGGAGCCAUGGAGUUCAACAUCUGUAAACCAGACAUCCUGACAAAAGAUGAAUUCCUGAUGAAGCAGAAGAUUGAGCCCAUCAUCUACUCUAAAGAGAAGCAAGCCAACACGUUCGAGUGCGUCACCCCUGAGAACAUCGAGGCCGUCGCCUACAAGAAUAAACACUGUCUCCUGGAAGCCGAUCUGAGCUGUGCGAAAGACUUGCUCAGGAGAGAAAUCUACCCCAUCAUUAUCUUCAUCAAAAUCUGCGAGAGGAACAUCAAGAAAUUAAAGAGGCUGCUGAAGAUGGACUCGGAAGAGGACUUCCUGAAGAUGUUCCGGGCUAAAGAGAAGGAGCUGGAGGCGCUGCCGUGUCUCUACGCCACCGUGGAGCCCGACUCCUGGGGUGGAGUGGAGGAUCUUCUGAGGGUCAUCAAAGACAAGAUCAUGGAGGAGCAGAAGAAAACGGUCUGGGUUGAGCAGGAAAUGCUGUAGGUGACCUGGGGUGGCCGUCGCUGAGAGGACAGUGUGCGGACACUUUUAGCAUUCCUGCAGGCAGCAUGUCUCACACUCAGACUCUCAUCAGAGAGGAAUGUGCUGGAAUGUGUGUACAUGCCACCGCCACUGGAACACCAAGUGACACUGAGGUAAUGAAGUAUGUGGCAACUCUGCCGAGAAGAAAAAUGCGGUCCAGGAAUGCUGUCCCGCUCAAGUGGAAGCUUUCACAUUCAGAGCCUUUUUAUCUGUUGUCCUGCAGAAGCGCCGCUGCUGUCAAUAAAACGUUCGUUUGCCCACACUCCAUCCAUAAUACCCAAUAAGCCAGAGUCCAUUGCACUUUGUUGGAGUCCAUCCGCGCUGUUUGCGGAUCCCUCGCUGCAGUUGUCAUAAAUCAUUCGGAGUGACCGCAAACAAGAUUAAUGUUGAUCAUUGUAAAUUGAAUUUGAUGCCCUUAUCGUCGCAUUUGUUUUUAAUGAUGGAGCAGAACAGCAGAAUAUUUGUUUUCCCAGUAAGUAUAUUUAUAUAUAUAUAUUUAUAUUGUGGCUGAACUGCAGUACACUAUUAACCAAAAGAAGAUCUACUGUUCCUGGUACCACUUUAUUUAAAGGUUACGUCCUUACAUACAUACAUAACACACCAUAACACAACUUCAUAACACAUUAAUAAGCAUUGAAUAAUGUACUCAACAUGAUAGUGUUUUAAAUGUGUAAUUAUGAAUACCUUAUGCCAGUGCUCAACAUGUAUAGUACAAUAUAUUAAUGAGGCUGUUCUGAUAUAACUUGUGCAAGUUAUUGAAAAUAUCAUAGUUAAAACUUCAUAGAUUUAUUAAGUUUAAUAAUAUGUUCUUAGCAAUGAUAUAAAGCAUGAAAAAGACUUUUUAAUUCAUAACAUAUUGCUGAAUUAUAAUAUCAUGAGAAAUGUUCCGAACACUAUUCAUUUGUGACCUCCAUAAUCUACAUAUAUUUGAUCUGUAUUAUAAACGCUGUAUUCAGUGGAAAUUAUGCUUUAUUACAGUGUUAUAAAUGAAGAUUUAUUUGGUAACACUUUAUUAUUUGUAUUUCCUUAAGAUUGCAUUAUAAAUGAAUUAAUUACAAUUCUGAAAGGUUUCCUUGGAGAUACAAGGUUUCUGCAUGACAACAAAGAUAUUUAUAAUAUCCAAAUAGAUGACGCUUCAUAACACAUUCAUAAGCUUGGAAUAAUGUAUUUAAAAAAUUGAUUUAAUGCAAAUGUUACCCAGAUGUCCCAAUAUUUUUACAUGAUAUAUUUGAUAAUAAUAAUCUAAAUGCCCUGAGUAUGUAGGUAUCCUUCAAAUAAAGUGUUACCAAAUAAAGCUUUAUUUAUAACAAUGUAAUAAAGUAUAAUUUCAAUGGAAUAAAGCGUUUAUAAGACAGAUGCCUGUUUAUAAAAGAUACAGAUCAGAUAUACAGUUCUACAAAAGUAGAUUUUGAAGUCCGCAAACUAAAGUGGUGGCACAUUUCUCAUGAUAACAUGAUUCAGCAAACAUGUUAUGUAUUAGGAAGGCUCUUUAAUGUCUUAUAUCACUGCUAUUAAUUUUAAUAAACCAUAUCUAUGAUGUUGUAACUGUGAAUUCCUCUAUUACUUAAAAGAGACUAUAGAAGGAUACCUACAUACUCAGAACCUUCAGAUUAUUAUUAUUAUCAAAUAUAUUAUCAAAUAAUUGGGACAGGCUUAUCUGGGUAACACUUGCAUUAAAUACUCAAGUUAUUAAAUACAUUAUUCAAAGCUUAUGAAUGUGUUAGGAAGCCUCUAUGCAUGCACUCUUUGAAAUAAACUGUUAGCAUUGUUUCUGAAGCUGUAUGAUGUGCAGCUGAUGUGUGGGUGGACGUCUUCGCUGUGUGUGUUUGAUGUAGUAAACAGUGAGGUUGGAAGUGUAGGGCAUUAAGUUGACUGUAUGGUUGUGUGUGAGUGAUGGUGCGCUGUCUAUGUGAAGACGUUUUUUUUUUUUUAUAUGAAUAGAUGUAUUUUUAAUGCAUCCAGAUAUAUGGGAACUGUCACAGAGAAUAAAACUGUAUAUUUGGCUCACAAAGCAAAACGUAGCUCAUAUAUGGAAGUACUUGGCCUUGUGUCAUCUCUUUAUGAUGACUGUCAUUGUCUGGGGAUUGUAUAUAUAUUACUGAUGUCAUGCAUAAGCCUUGUAUCUCCAAGGAAAUGAGAAACAUUGAGAAAACAUUGUUAACAUUGUUUCAGUGGAAGUUGAUUUAAAAAGAUUUUAUUCCAAGUCAUUUUGGAGCGUUUCCAUUGGUCACUUUUUGCCGUGUUGUUCAGUAUAUUGGAUCAAAAUUUUAAUAGAAAUGCUCUAAAAUGACGUAGGUUUUUUUUUUACAUUGACUUUUAUUGACAGUUAGGAAGUUUACACUGGUGCUUUGGAGAUUCAAGUUUUUUGAGUGAGAGCGGCAAUAUACAGUUGCAAAAAAAAGUAGGUAAACCAUUUGGGAUUAUUUGGAUUUCUGCAUAAAUUGGCCAUUAAAUGUGUUCUGAUCUUCAUCUAAGUCACAACAAUAGACAAACACAGUCUGCUUAAACUUAAACCACAAAAAAAAAAAAAAAAAAUAUAUAUAUAUAUAUAUAUAUAUAUAUAUAUAUAUGUUUGCAUGUUUUUUUUUUUUUUUUUAACACAAUACGUUAUCAUUCACAGUGAGGGUGGAAAAAGUAUGUGAAUCUUUGGAUUUAAUAAUUGGUUGAUCCUCCUUUGGCAGCAAAAACCUCAACUAAACAUUUCCUGUAGCUACAGAUCAGACCUGCACAACGGUAUAUAUAUAUAUAUAUAGGUUUGUCUAAUAUAAACUGCCAGAUUGACAUUAUGUCAAAAAAAUAUAUAUAGCCGCUGUCACACAAUUAACAUCAUCUUCCUUUUUUCAUUUAUUUAUUUUUCACUUUUUGGCAUAAUGUGAAUCUGGCACUUUCAUGAUAAUCAGACCUAUAUAAAUACAAAUUUACAUAUUUUAGCAUUGACUUGCAUUGAAAGCUAAAAAGGUUUUAGUUACUGUUUUGGAGAAUUAUGUUUUUUUAAAUAUAUAUUUACACUAUAUGGACAAAAGUAUUGGGACACACCUUUAUUUAUUAAAUGCAGGUGUUUAAUGAAUUCCAUUGCCUUAAUUUGUAUGAAACUAUGAAACAGGAAAUAGUAUAAUGUAUAAUAGACACUGCCGGUCACAAUCAUUCCCACCCACUGCGCUGUCUACUGUGGGUGAUAAUGCCUUAUAUGUACAUUUGACACUGUGAAUGGAGGAACGUUAAAUACCGGCACAGUUUCACAACUUCAGAAAGGGGAUGUCACAUCUAUCUAUCUAUGAAAUUAAAUCUAUCCAUCUUUUCAUCCUUUUCUUCCUGGUCAAAGGGUUUGGAGCUCAGAUGACAUGUUUUGUUGUUGUUUUUUUUAGGUGAAAAUAAGUGAAAAAGUAAAUAUAUUAGGAAAAAAAAACAUUAUUUUAUAGCAUUAAUAGUGCAAAGUGUUACAUAUUGCUCAGUAUACUAUCUUUACAUAUACAAAAAAUAUAUACAGAAAUGUGCAUUAGUCUAUGAAAACCCCAUACAGAUUGCUCAGUAUACUGUCUUUAAGGAAGCAAUUGUAGAUUAUUAAAUUUGAACAAAUUAGGAAAAAAAUAUACAUAUAUAAAAUGUGCAUUAGUCUAUAAAAAGCCAAUUUUUUCAUAGAAUAAUGCACAUUUUAAAUAUAUGUUUUUUUUUUUUUUUACUUAUUUUCACUUAAGAAAAUGUAAUUAAACUUACCAAUGUUUGGCCAAGACCACUCAACCUUUUACAUAUUAUCACAUAUAAUAAGUAUAGUAGGAUACAUUGAAGCAUAUAUAUGUAUCUUAUACAGCUGCGAAAAGUUACUCUUGGUCUUUAAUCUCAGUAUAUUAUGUUAUAAUACAAUUAACAUUUAUUGCUGCCAGUUUUUUUUUUAUUCCACUGAAUGUACAUGUGUGUGUUUGCUCAAAGUAUGUAUUUAUUAUAAAAAGUUUUUUUUACAGUUGAAUUAGUUCAGAUGGAUUUAUAUAUGUGUAAAAUGUGUAAUAAAUAUACAACAUUGAUUGCACAGAAUCGUAAUAAACUCUUUUAACCUGAUUCCUGGUAGCUGAAGCCCUGUAUACAUAAAUGAAUGUACUUUAUAUCAGUGAUGUAUCAGUGUGCUGUUUGUAUGUGUGUGUGUGUGUGUUUCACAUUAAAUGCUUUUCUAAAGAA